AUGGCGGCCUCAUAUUCCAAGAAGAAGUGCGGUGUUCUCGGUGCCACUGGCUCCGUCGGUCAACGAUUCAUUCUCCUUCUCGCCGAUCACCCUUUCCUGGAGCUCCAUGCUCUGGGCGCCUCAGAGCGCUCCGCGGGCAAGAAGUACAAGGAUGCGGUGCGAUGGAAGCAGUCUUCUCCCAUGUCGGAGAAGCUCAGCAACCUAGUUGUGCGUGAAUGCAAGGCCAGCAAGUUUGCUGACUGUGAUCUUGUCUUCUCCGGCCUGAACAGCGACAUUGCCGGCGAGACUGAGAUGGAAUUCAUUAAGGCAGAGAUCCCCGUCUUCUCCAACGCUAAGAACUACCGCAAGGACCCCAUCGUUCCCUUGGUCGUCCCCACCGUGAACCCCUCCCACAUGGAUCUUAUCCCUCACCAGCGCAAGCACUUCGGUCUGAAGAAGGGUUUCCUUGUCUGCAACUCCAACUGCGCCGUCAUUGGUAUUGUCAUUCCCUUCGCCGCUCUGCAGGCCAAGUUCGGUCCCGUGGAGGAGGUCGAGGUAUUUACUGAGCAGGCCAUCUCCGGUGCUGGUUACCCCGGUGUGCCCAGUUUGGACAUCGUCGACAAUGUCAUUCCCUACAUCAGCGGCGAGGAGGACAAGCUGGAGAACGAGGCUCAGAAGAUCCUUGGUGGUCUGAACGCCGAGGCUACCGCUUUCGACGAACAAGUUGGUCUGCGCAUCGGUGCUACCUGCACCCGUGUUGGCGUCACUGACGGUCACAUGGCCUUUGUGUCGCUGCGUUUCAAGAACCGCACUACUCCCACUGCGGAGGAGGUCGUGCAGGCUCUGCGCGAGUACAAGUCUGAGGCUCAGAAGCUCGGUUGCCCCUCGGCACCUGCUGACGCCAUCAAGGUCUUCGAUGAGCCUGAUCGCCCUCAGCCUCGCCUGGACCGUGACAUUUCUGGCGGAUACACCGUCAGUGUUGGACGUGUUCGCGAGGGAGUCAAGGGCGGUUUCUUCGAUAUCCGCUUUGCCGCGCUCUCACACAACACCGUUAUUGGCGCGGCGGGAUCAUCGAUCCUUAACGCCGAAGUGGCCGUUAUCAAGGGCUACAUCUAA